CAUUAUCUUCCAAAACAUUAAGAGUGAUGCACAAAAAUGGCGCUUUUGUAUCGAGGAAACAUGUAAAAAAGAAAAUCCGUCGCUUGGGGGGGAAAAAAAGAAGAUAGCAAGGAAUAUUAUAUUAUUGUGCCACGAUGAGUUCUUCUUACCCAGAGUCCUACCAGUAUGUAACCCAAGAUUACAACCAAUAUGCACAGCCUUCAUUAUACAGCUAUGAUGCACCACAGCCUCAGUCAUCUGUUCAGUACAGUACUCCACUGCAAGCAGGCCUCUAUCCUGGACAGUCAGCAGCAGCACAACAAUAUUCUGAAACAUUUGUAUCAUCUGUGCAGUUUUCUGGUCAGCCAACAUCAUCACACUAUGCUACCACUGAGCAGUAUGCUUCAGCUUCCAGUCAUUUGUAUGACUAUGGCUCUAACAGCUCUGCCUAUUACUCUCAGCUACAACAGAAAGCCUGCCCUGGCAGCUAUAAGACAGAGGAGCUUUCCUCAGCUGCCUAUGAAUAUGGCACCGGAGGUAGCCAGGCAGCUAGCACACAGCUAUCUGCACAGUACUCAUGUGUGGAUUCUCAUUCUUCCAGCCAUCACACAGAACCAGUAGAUUCUUAUGUAAGCACUGGUUUGUUUGGAGUACCAGAUGCCAACAACUCCUAUACCUCCCAUGUCCCUCAGGCCACAAAAGUUUCUGUGGUGUUAGGCAACCAGUAUUCUCAGUAUGCAGAAAUGCUUUCACCAUCGCCACAAUCCUUAGAUCAGGUUUAUGGUUCAGGUUCCAGCAACUACAGAGAUGUUGUGUAUCCAAACUCUGAUGUGGGUGGUGCAAACAGCAUGGUGGCUUUGGAGUAUGUGCCAGACAACAGUUCUAGCUACUCUUCAGCUAUUCAGCUUGGGUAUUCUGACAGCACAUCAUUAAUGCCAGUGGACAACAGGUCAUUUGCCCAACCAAAGGAUGUGCAUGAAAACCCCAGCAGACAGUACAGCUUUUCAAAUGAUGAGUACCAGACUGCUAAUGACAGCACAAACAAGUGUGAAACAGACAACUUUUCUGGAACUGCAUCAGAGAGACCACACUUCUGGAGGCAUUCUAAAAAGUAUUCACAAAGCAUACCAGCAGGUGAAUAUGGGUAUGGUAAUAUAUAUGAGGAACCAGUUCAACCAACAUCGGAAGGUCAGUAUAGACACUCUGCUGACAGGUCCAAGUGUAAUCAGAACAAGGCUGCUUUUCAUGGUGGUAGAUACCAGAAAGCCUUCACUUGGAAGAAUGAACAUGAUCAGUUUGAAGAACGUGGAGAAAGUGGUCAUUCUCAGGAGAUUUGGGAAUGUAGACAGAAAGAAAGCAGUUUUCCUGCUAGUUCAUAUACAGGAGGCCUAUCUGGUCUAAAUGCUAACCAGCGGCAGAAGGGUCAUUAUCAAAGCAGGAGAGGAAGAGGAGAUGGAUUUUCAAAUGUUGUCUCCUCCUCCUGGCAAACAUCUCAGCAUUCAGAGAUGAGAGGUGCUCAGCAGUCAAAUGCAGAAAAGACCGGAUCGUUCCAAUAUAGCCAUCUUUUUGAACGGCAAAGCUCUUGUUUAGAACCCAGAAUAUUUGGUCAUUCCAGGUUGUCUCAAUCAAAAGAGAGAGCUGUUUCACGAGAGGCUGUUCAAGGAGGAAGGAAUAGCAAAUUUUGGGGCUAUGCAAAUCAGCCCAGAUUCUCCAGGGACACAAGCCUUGGUGUCAGAAACUCUAGCAUCAAGUGGGAAAACAAAAACAAUGAACAUAGGAAUCCUGGGACUGGCUUGAGUAACAAAUUUCAAGGCUUAAGCAAUCGAAGGACUAAAGGUUCUGAUGUAAGGACAUAUCAAAAGGUGCAAAGCAAGAGAGAAACUAUGUCCUCUGCAUACAAAGGCAGGCACAAUGACAGAAAGAGUCUGGAUGCAAGUGGUGUUAAUCAUAAAACAGUGAGGAAACCUGCUGCUGAGAAGCCACCACUUGGGCAACAAAAAACAGAAAAUGUGUCAGGAAAUCCCCAGCCAGGUGAGAAUUUCUCUGGUGCUCAUGUAAGGGAUCAAUGUUUAGGAAGUGACCAACUUGAUCAAAGGUCACAAACAAGGUCUGAGCCCAUGCAUUGUGCUACUUCAUUGGACAGACAUCAGUCGGGCAACAUUCAACACUCUGUAGAUUUCACGAGCUCUGACAUGAACUCUGCUACCCGUAAUAAAGUAACUGAUGAACCAGGGUCAGAAUCAAAGGUACCAUCAAAUACUGCUGAGAAAGGAAAGUGUUCUAACUUGAUAAGGAAGCAAGAAGCAGGGCUUUCACAGGCAGCUAAGUUAUCAGGCAAAGGUAUUAAGCAGAUAAAAGAUGAUGCAGCCCGAAUAAAGAAAAUAGAUAAUCUUUCCCUCAGAGAAAAAAAAGAUGAUACAGCUCUCAAGGAGAAGAAAGGGGACAUUGAUAAAAAAUAUGAUGGCACCACCAAACCAGGGAUGACCAGAGAAGAACUUGAACGAGAAGAAGAAAUUCAGCGAAAGAUACGAGAAUCUGUUGUGGUUCUGGUCAAUCCAGAUCAGCCUACCAAAGAAGAUAUACAGAACAUGUUUGAUCCACCUCCAUCAGUAGAAGUACCUGAGGACCUUUUGGCCAAACUGAAAGAUCUGCUGACCCAGACUCACUGUGGUCUUUGUUCCCUGCACUUAAAUGCUGUGCAACAGGCAGUGCAGCAUUACAAGGGAAAGAACCAUGCUAAACGAGUGCGUCUGUUUGUCUCUUCGAAUGGAAAUUACACUGCUGUUAAAGUGACAGAUAAUGCGUCUGGAAGUAAAACAGCUGCUGGGAAUACAACACAAGCCGCUGCCUCUACAUUUCUUACCCAGUCUUGCUCUGCUGAUGCUGAAGGGGAGAAGAGUGGAAACAUUGAGUCUGUGUCCACGGCUGGAGUCCAGACUGGAAAGGAAAAGAUGGAAACUGCAGGAGAGGAGCGUGAGUGUAGCAAGGAGGAAUAUUGUGCCUUGUGUGGUGUCAGCUUCACUUCCAUCAAGCAGUCAGAGCAACAUUACAGUGGCAAAAACCAUGCCAAAAAGCAGAGGAUUGCUGACACUAGCAAACUGAUGGAAGAGGUUGCAGACAAUAGCAUUAUUAAAAAAGGAGAAAACAAUGUCUAUGAGUGCACCAUUUGCAAUGUAUUUGUAACAAGCCACGAACAGUUUACAACACAUAUAGAAGGGAUCAAGCAUCAGACAAAACUUCGACAAGUUGAAGGCAAGGAGUGUGCACUCAAACCUUUAGCCCACAGAAAAAGUCGUGGAACCUUACGAGGAAGGGUUGCACAUGGAAGUGGCCGUGGAGGAAUGCAGCUAGAUAGAGUGGGAACUGGAAAAAAGAGGCUGUCUGACUUUACAUCUGGGAAAAAACAAGAAAGACAACAAAUGUUUUCUGAAAGAAAAACAAGAAUUGGGAAUGGCAUCUGGCACAGGGGGCGAACUCGUGGCAUUAGAGGAGACCAAGCCAGAGGCAGAAGCAUUGCAGAGUCAAGCAGCAUGGGCCCUUUCACAAUGGAAAUUACACAUAGAAGAAGGGGUGUGGACAUCUUUUCAGAAGCUAAUUUCUUGAGUUCUUUUGAGAGCAGCAACUAUAGGGAUGAAAGAUUUGAUGGGCCAGGUUUUUGGGAAGGUGGUAGUCGAAGUGUGCAAGACCGAUUUCUUUCCUUUGAUAGUGUGCCUGUCUCAGAAGUACAGAGAGGCUGGAAGCAUGGUGGCAUUUCCAGACUUGCUGGUGGCAAGAGAACAGGAACACUCCUGCACCUCGAGUUUGGAGCUUCAAGGGGCAAACGACCUAGGCGUGGUUUCUAAAGUUGUUUCAAGAUUAUGCUGUACCUUGUCAUGAAGGUUCGUGUGUACAGAAAGUACAUGAAGUCGUUAAAGUGUGAUCCUCUAAGUAUCUUUACAUAUAAUAAACCCCACUGCCCCAUAUUUUGUGUUUAAAGAUUUUAUUGUAAAAUUUGUUUUGUUUGGCUUAUUUCAUGUAGACUUUUUAAGAAGCGAGUGAUGAUUUCAGAACUCAUGCAAUAAAAUUACUGCAUACCCUUGAAUGUCACAAGAUCAGAACAAUCUUUAGAAAUAUAUGUACAUAUUUAGGGUUCUCCAUAUUUUUAUCAUGCCUUGUUUAAAAAAAAACAACUCCAAAACUUAUGUAUGAUAUUGUGAUGUACAGUGAGGGGAAAAAAACUGUAUCUAUGCAGCACUUAUUUAUUGUUGGAUUUCGUUACUCAAACCAUUUUAAAGUAGCCAGAAUGUUUGAACUGACAGAAUAAUAUAUUAUUGAACAGUUACCUGUGCCACUUAAUCCUGUUUGCCCGAUUGGCGAAGUGUGUACAUAAUACGUGGUUGAAAAUGGUUGUUUACUGAAUUGCACGACAACUCUGUUUUUCUUGAAUUGUGUUCUCUGUAGUUCUAUACCAAUUUUGACUAAUGAGACAUUUUGGAUGGAAUUCCACUAUAACUAUUCAUCCUUUUACUCCAUUAGGUUAAAAAUAUUUCCCACUGACUGUUGAGGUAAACCCUGGCAAUCAUAAUUUAAUGAAAAACAGUUGUGUAUUUUACCCCUUUAAAAAUAUAGUCUUUUGGUUAACACCCACAAGUCUAGGAAGUCUUCAUGUUUUCUUUGAUGUGAGGUUGUGAGAAAUGAACGAGCACAAGCUAGUUAUUUACUUCCUAGUGGCAUUUGCUGGCCCCACUGACAUAUAAUGGCUAAAGAGAUUGAUAUAUUUCUGUAAUUAUGCUGUGCAGACAGAAAAAUGUGCUAUCAGAUUGUGCUUUAAGCCAUCCAAUCUAAAGGCUGCUUUAUCAGAUGCCUAGCAUGGGUGCCUCAACAAAUGCCCUGAAAAUGCAAUUAGUUUUACAUGUAUUAAAUGUGGAAAACAAAAGAUGAAGGUUGUCAAACCAAAGAGCUGUCAUGGUUAUGCUUCUCAAGUUUCCAGGUGUGAGGUUCAUUGCACACAUUGGAUUGGGCUGAUUCUAGUAGAGGUGACACCUACAGAAAAGCGUUGUACUUUUAGAUCUUGGCAAAUAAAUCUGACUUGGUCAAGUU